UCGCUGCUCCCACACAUGUUUACGUUUUAUACUCUACUGUAGAUCACACUGUGUAUUAGUCAGUAAAACGUGCGACUCCAUAGUAAGAACGUCGAAAAAAAAUCGCAUCGAUUGUAGUUAGUGUAUCUGUAAUUAGUGAUUCUCUUGAAAAAGAACGAAUAUUUCAUUGUAUAAACGAUUGUGUUUUGUGUUGUGUGUGAGUGUGUAGAACAAUGGCCUCUCAGAAUAUCGAAAAUCGAAAUCACCAGUUUCUCGGUGAAGUUUGUAACUUGAUCAGCAAUUAUGAGGGUGAUCUUCCAAAUCUUCGAGAUUUUUUUCGGCCCGAAGCAAUCGAUUGGAUUCUCAAGGAGUCUGUAGAUCGGCUUGACACCUCCAUAAUCGACUUUGUGAUCCACACCGGUUACAAGGACGAGCCCAAAGUUGAUAAAGACGGCAAGCCAUUGUUACAUCGAACCACACCGAUACAUCUUGUGCCUGACGACGAAGAAAUUCUCAUCGUCUCCAAACUUUUUCAAAUAUUCGACAGAUUCGAUGUGAAUUACAUCGACGAAUAUGGCCAAACACAUUUCCAUCUAGCCUGCCGUUUUGGCUGCGAAGAUGAAGUUUUAAAAUUUCUCGAGGUCGGGCAGGACCUCAAUCGCAUCACGGACGGAGAAGGUAAUACGCCACUGCACUGGGCUCUGAAACACGAUCGCAACAACGUGACCAAAUUGUUGUUGAGAAACGGCGCCGACCCAAAUUUAGCCAACGAUGACGGACAGACUCCGCUGCACGUUAUUUGCGACAACUGUUGUGACUAUUCUAUUGAAAUGGCGAAGAUGUUAUUGGAGGUCAGCGAUGAAAGAUAUCAGCCGGUGCAGAUCGAUGCUCGGGACAGUGGGGGUAACACACCAUUGCACUUGGCUAUCGACUAUCACGGCUACAAAAAUUUGGUCGAAUUAUUGCUCAAAAAUGGCGCGGAUCCCAAUGCAACCAACAAGAAAGGAUCGACUCCUUUGCACAUUGUUUGCAUGGAUGGUUCCGAAACCUUUGACACAUUGGAGAUAUUCUUCAAGACCAACCAAGAACUCGAUCAGCUGGUGCAAGUCGACGCCCGUGACAACUCAGGCCGGACACCUCUUCAAUGCGCCGUGGCAAGAUUAUUGCCGGAUGUGAUUGAUUUACUCUUGGAUCAAGGCGCUGAUCUAACAAGUUUUGUUUUUCCUACUGCAAGUCACUUUCGCGAACAUUUUCAUCCGCAAUGUAAAAGUUUCAAAUUGAAAAUAGCAUCUGGUCUUCUGGCCGUCGUCGAGCGCCUCGAGAAUAGAGGAUACGAACUGAGCAGAAGCAACGCCCUGAUGAUCAUGCAACUCUUCGACGAGUACGAAUUGUUCUUGAAUACUAAUUCUGUUUUUGCAAAAUGUCGGUACAAUAACAAGCAAGAGAGGGAAGCGAAAAAAACCAUGAUAAAUCCGAGUUUGUCGCUGUACGACCUGAGUCAGUUACGACCUGAAGAAACGGCAAAAUUACCUACCUGUUCGGACUUCUUCAAGUUCGCGCGUGUGGAUGCUCAUUGGAAUCCUCACAAUACUCCCGGCGAGGCUUGUGUUAAACAUCUGUGCGAGAAACUAUCGAGAAUAUUUUUUCGACGCUACGCUUUGGACUCAUUCUUGGAGCUGACGCGCUACCAACUGCCGAUUCUUUGCUGUGAAAUGAUCCUCGAUGACUCAUUGAUAAACAAAAACUUGUAUCAUAUUUGCUUAGCGGCUGCAGGCCAAAAUACCUAA